AGAAGUCAAAGCAAAAUCUCAGUCGAGUGAUGGAUAGCGAACUACAUGGGCUGAAUGCCGGCUCUGAUAGAGAAUGCGAAAGGCUGGAUUAUUUUGAUGAUGUAGAGAACAACCGCAAAUCCAGCGGGUCGAUCCCUUUGAAAAGGCAAGAAUUGCUUAAAUGGCACGGCUGGGGUUAUAAAGACACUAAGGUGAUUGUUACUCAAAGAGGCAAACUUUUUAUCACGAGCAACAGGUAUCCACUGGUGAAAAUCAGUCAGGUGUCGCAGAAGGUGAGGGAGUGGAUUCAGCAAGUUUGGGGCAUCGACUUGUAUGAGGUAGAGAAUAUCCCAGAACCACCAGAAAAUCCUGAAAUUUCCAACUUUCCAGGCCCUUUUCUUGACAGUGAGUUCCUUGACGGGUUGCUUACAUUGCAAAUCGUAUAUUCAACUGACGGCGAAGAUCGAUUUUUCCGCAGUCACGGCCAGGCCAUGAGCGAUAUAAUGAAUGCGCGUCAGUACCAAAUCACCCGACUACCUGAUUUAGUGGUUUGGCCAAACAGCCACGAGGACGUUGUGAAAAUAGUAGAUUUGUCCAACAAAUGCAAUAUUGUAAUUAUUCCUUUCGGCGGCGGAACUAAUGUGACCAGUGCUGUGACUUGCAAUCCAAAUGAGACCAGAAUGAUUGUUUCGCUCGAUACUUCGCAAAUGAAUCAAAUAUUGUGGCUGGACAAACGCAACCUGACAGUUUGCGUGCAAAGCGGAAUUACAGGUCAGGAUUUGGAAGAACAGCUUUUUAGAGAGGGUUUUACAACUGGACACGAUCCAGACUCAUUAGAAUUUUCGAGUGUUGGUGGAUGGGUGUCAACGCGUGCAUCCGGAAUGAAGAAAAACCGAUACGGAAAUAUUGAAGACCUUGUUGUGCACAUCAGAUUCGUGACAGCAGUUGGUGUACUUGAAAAGGAAAGCAGGGGUCCUCGCAUUUCUUGCGGAAUAGACUUUAACCAGAUAAUUUUAGGUUCCGAAGGUACUCUUGGUGUGAUAACAGAAGUCUGCCUCAAAGUCCGGCACUUGCCUCAACUUCAAGUGUAUGCUUCGUUCGUUUUCCCAGAUUUUGAAACGGGAGUAAAAUUUACUCAUGACGUUGCUAUGAAGAAUAUUCAACCGGCGUCGUUGAGACUGAUGGACAACAUGCAAUUUCGAAUGGGACUAAUAAUGAAAGAAGAGCAGACUUUUAUCGGUGAAAUUGUUGACAAGCUGAAAUUGAUUGCAUUAAGUGCAAUCGCAAACAUAAAUGAGGAUGAAAUGAGCUUUGCAGUAGCGGUCUUUGAAGGCUUCAAAGAUGAAGUGGCAAUAAACAAGGUCAAAAUUGAAAAACUCGUGGUAAAGUACGGAGGUGUCUCUGCUGGCGCAAAAAACGGUGAACGAGGCUAUUUGCUGACGUCCACCAUCGGAUAUAUGAGGGACAUUUGCCUUAAUUUAGGAAUGCUGAGCGACUCGUUUGAAACGUCAGUUCCAUGGGAUCGAGUAUUGCAACUUUGCCAAAACGUGAAAAGUGUAGUGGCAGAGGAAAGUAAAGAGAAGGGACUGAAGCACCUGUCUGUUUGCUGCCGAGUCACCCAAGUGUACGAUACAGGUGCGUGCGUUUACUUCUACUUUGCGUUCAACGCGGCUGGUGUUGUCGAUGCCCUUCGCGUCUACGAGCAAAUCGAAUCCCGGGCCAGAGACGAAGCGAUUGCCUGCGGAGGCAACAUUUCGCACCACCAUGGGGUUGGCCAAAAGAGACGCAAGUGGGUGCCCAGGCAAAUAUCGCCGACCGCUGUCGGGUUGUACUCGGCAAUCAAGAAAACACUUGAUCCCAACAACGUGUUUGCUGUCCAGAACAUUGUGCUGCCUGCUGAGAUCACGAGCAGCAAGCUUUGAAAUUGAAAACUGGAGCAGGCUAAUGGAUUUCUGAAUAAA